AUGUCAUCUUCUAAUUCACCAUCAUGGUCUAGUUUCUUAGUUGGUGUGUCAGCUGGUGCAGUCACCGUUGCUUCAGCAGCUUUCAUUUGGCAUUACAGAAACAGACUCAGACAACAGAUGCAAGGCAACAAUAAUGAUGAGAGAAAUAGCAAUCUACCAUUGGAGACCCGCCCUGUGACUCCAGAUAACAUCGCCAUGGAUACCUUGGAUGGGACUGCUGCAUUCAGCACUCAGAGAUCCCUCUUCCUUACUGAUAAUAAUCCUGGCUUAACCUCACAGCAUGCACUGACAGUAACUGACAUGUCUGUGACGGCUGAAGUGAUGGGGAGAGGAGGAGGAGAGCGAAGAGGAGGAGGUGGUGAAGAUGAUCAGAGUGAUGCAGACCAGUUGUAUAGACAUGAAGAUAACCAAAGCCUACUCAAUUUGCUGUUUAAUAUUGCAGAAGACCAGGCUAAAAAAGAGGGCUUUAUACAUCGAGGGAUAACGUGUAAUAUGUGCCAAGCUAGUCCAAUAUGUGGAAUAAGAUACAAGUGUGCUAAUUGUGUUGACUUUGACAUCUGUGAGCGAUGUGAACCCCAUGAUAGACACAACAGACUGCAUACCUUCAUUAAGAUUAAGAUUCCAAUACCUCCUUUGGCAAAUCCUAGAACUGUGCUCUUCAAACCAUUCUAUCCAGGAAAAGAGAAAGUAAUUAAACGAUGCACAUGGGAUGAUAUCAACACCUUGAAGAAAAUCACUCAUUUUGAUCAGUAUGAAAUUGAAGCCUUGCAUGAGCAAUUUAGGGUACUUUGUAACAAGGAGCAAGGAAUCACCAGAGAAGUGUAUGAUCAGUGUUUAGGACCUCUUGGUUUAGAGAAGAGCUUACUCUUAGAGAGAUUAUUCAAAUUCUAUGAUGCUAAUGGAGAUGGCUACAUUGAUUUCACAGAAUUCACUUGUGGCCUGUCAACAUUGGUCAAAGGUUCAUUUCAGGAAAAGGUGAAAUAUGCCUUUGAGGGAUACGACCUUGAAGGAGUUAGCAGUAUUAGCAGAGAUAACUUGAGACAGAUGUUCAAGGCUUACUUCUAUGUUACUAUUGAGCUUGUUAGAGAUGUAGUGAAGGCAUGCGAAGAAGAAAUGAUGGCAAACUUUGAUGAUAAUCAGGGUCGUCCAGUUUCCUCUCUGUUUAGUGCACCCAUUCCAUCAGAUACUGGGUCCCAGAUAACAACUACCAAUGGAAAGAUCCCAUUCCCUGGAAAUCCUGGAAGCAAGGAAGACACAUGGCCAGUGAUGGAAGCUAUGUCACAGGAUGCCAUUGAAGAGAUGGUUGACAAUGUCUUUAAGAUGGCAAAGAUUGAUCCAGAUCACAGGAUAACUUUGGAGCAGUUCAGGAAUCUAGCUAUUGUAGAUAGCAGUCUAGUUGCCUGGUUUGACUCACUGGGACCCAUUUUCUGAUCUAAACAGCUUCAUGAUCAUCUUCAUUAUCAUUCUGUCUUUCAUGUUGACAGAGGAUUCCAGUCUUUCAAUCAUUGCAUGAUUUAGCCAAUGUUUGGCUUUUGCAUUGUAAAUCAUCACUUUCACUAUUGAUACCCUAGUCACACUAGCAGAUUCACCAAAAGGUCUUCUGUCGUUCAGUGUUAUACUAUAUUACUGUUUUGUUAGUGUGACUGGGUUUCGUAACCGUUUGGUUAUUCCAUUGUUCAUUUGUUGUUGUUUUUAAACAAGAUAAGACAUUGAUUAAAGAAAGUCUGCUGCAGAAUUGUUUUCCUCUCUGCAUAGUUCUGUGUAUUGUGACAGUACACAUAGGAUUAUUUGCCAUUCGUUGCCUGCAUCUCUUUUGAAUUCGCCACUGCAGUUGAACAUUCAUACAAGAAUAGCUAUAAAUGUGAAUCUUAUACAGAUAUUGGUAUAAAUUAUCAUGUCUAGGCUCUUUACUAUGCAUCUGAGCUCUGCUAUCUGGAAGCACCUGUUAUAGUUGUGUGUUUUAAUUGUGCUUUAAGUAUUGGCAUAGCUUGUGCAGUUUCAAAUAUGUCUGAAGUUGGAAUCUGAUGUCUAUAAUGUUCAUUAUUAUUUCACUUCCACAAACACAAAGUCAAAUAUGAUACAGUCAAAAGGGAAACAAAUGUUGAACGAGUAUGUCUAUGCUGCUUGGAAAGGGAAAAAGUAAAACUGAUGACUGCAUGCCUCAAGAUUAGUGCCCCAACCUGGAUAGGUAUACCAACAUUCAUAAGAAUGAAAUCAUAUUCACUUUAUACAAAACCAUGUAAUAGAUUUAAAGUAAAAGUAUUCAAUGGUAUUGAAAUUGUAACACUUGAUUAAGAGCAUAUUUUUACAACAGAAACAUAAUAAUAUUUACAAUGUGUCAAAUCACCUCUGCAGUGUGCUCAUGGUGCAAUGUAAAAAGAAAAAGAAUGUAAAGAAAUGUAAUGCAGUAAGACAUCUAAGGAAAGAGCUGAGGACAAAUAGGAAUAAGAAGCCUUUACAUGUAAUAAUUAAAAAUAUGUUUAGAGUUGUGUUAUUUCCUAUAAUAAGAGGAAGAUCAUUCUCAUGAGGAGAAUCACCACCAUGUGCAAGAGCUAAUAGCAACUGUGUACUAGUUAUUGAAAACUUUUUUAUGAAAUGGGGUGCAGAUAUUGCUGUGCAAUGUCCUAAGACAUUUAUUAAACCAUUAACUCAGGGAUUACAAUGGCAUGGUAUGCGCAAAUAAGAAUAUAUAUUUACUCCACUGUAGAUUAUCUUGUGAUAAAGGUGAUGACUACUCCAAUAUCUGAUCACCAAGAGCCUAUUGAAUAAUAUUAUCUCUCUCGAGAAAAACAUGCAAAUAAUCACUAAAUCAGAAAUAGUUACCAAAUACCCCCUUUUAUGAUUUCACUUAUUCAUCAUUGUAUUUGUCAUUGGUAGAGAUCAAUGAAAGGAGAGAAGGUGACAGAGAGAGAGGGGGGGGGGGGGAAGAGAUAGUGGGGGAUUUAUUAUCAAAUUAUGGAUGUUGACCUAUUUUAAUAAGUGUUUAUUCAAUCCAUCUUUAUUUAUGUGUGUGCCAAAGAAGACUUUUGAUUGUUAAUUUUUAAUAUUUCCAUCAUUUCUGUUCAAUAUUUGGAAUUGAAUUCCAAAUUUUCAUACUUUCAUAUAAGUGGAAAAUUUAUAAAUUUUCCACAUUUUGGCAGUGUAUUCACCUUGUUUGUAUCUGAAAUUUGGAAGAGAUGUAGUGAAAUGAAGUGAAAUUUUAUUUAUAAUUUCUUAUUUAAAAAAUGUGUCAUUCCAAUAAUGCUCAUACUUUGUAUCUUUGUAUUUGACUGUGAAUUUUUUUUUAUAAACUUUGCCAAUAAACUGAUAUUUUCAUUAACUGAA